AUGGGGUACGCGGACGGGCAGGGCGCGGCGGCCAGCUUCUGGUGUCCGAUGGGGGUGGCGGUGGACGGCGCGGGCAACGUGUUCGUGGCCGACAGUUACAACCACCGCAUCCGGAAGAUCUCGGCGGGCGGAGCCGUGAGCACGCUGGCGGGCAGCGGCGAUAUGGGGUACGCGGACGGGCAGGGCGCGGCGGCCAGCUUCUGGUGUCCGAUGGGGGUGGCGGUGGACGGCGCGGGCAACGUGUUCGUGGCCGACAGUUACAACCACCGCAUCCGGAAGAUCUCGGCGGGCGGAGCCGUGAGCACGCUGGCGGGCAGCGGCGAUAUGGGGUACGCGGACGGGCAGGGCGCGGCGGCCAGCUUCUGGUGUCCGAUGGGGGUGGCAGUGGACGGCGCGGGCAACGUGUUCGUGGCCGCGGGCAACCACCGCAUUUGGACAUGCGUUUCAGGCAGUUUUUUCGCACAUCCAGCAUUCACUGCUCACUUUCAUCGUUUCAUUGGUACAGAGCAGGUCGUUGAUUUUUCUCAGCUGAAGCAUGCGGAAUUCAUCUGGGAAGGUAUAGUUCAAGGAUUUGGAAUCGACUGCGCGGGCAUCUCUCAGGAACGAGGGCUUCGAGGCAUUUGCAGGACAGGAGUUGUCGCGAGUGUGAGAUUCGACAGCUAUGCCCAAGGAUCAGGUUCAUCUAAAGCAGCCGCUGCGCAUGAGGUACACUUGAAGCUGAAGCCCAAAUACGAAGAUUAUGGUGGCUACCUGUAUUACCCCAGCUCAUUUAACAAAAAGCGGUGCAGGAAACAGAGAGCGGGGCGUCGUUGCCACGGUGAAUGCGGAAGUCUCAGGAGUAAGCCAAGCGAGUAUUCAUGUUUGGCGUCAUCUUUCAGCUGCCACUUGACUUUGAUUUCAGGUUGGGGUAUCAUGCUGCAAACCGUUGAGCGGGAUGGGAUCCUGGGUGAAGGCCAGGAGGAGGAGGCUGACAUGGCUGCAUCGUUGCGGAUCCCAAUCGUGCAGUGCUGGUAUGAUGAGGACCGCUACGCUUUCAUGUUCAAGGUGCUUGGCUAA